GGCAAUGAGGGACCCGCAAAAUAACAAUUGUGAAGUUGUUUUGUCGAGAACUAAUUACUGAAUGACACCUUUUGGCUAUAGCUGAGACGGAUAUUACAGUGACGUGUUUGCGCAGAAUAGAUCGGAGAGCAUAACGUGUCAGUAUGCCUUGUGCUGCGUUAACGCUAACCUCGUUGGCGACUAUUUAGGCAAUAUUUUGCUAAACAUUUCAAAUUGAGAACUGUUUACGAGUCUAAUCACUAUGCAGUGUCAUUAUGUGGUCUUGGGUGUGAAACGGGACGCAGGAGACGAUGAUCUUAAGAAAGCCUAUCGGAAGUUAGCAUUGAAAUGGCACCCAGAUAAGAACUUGGACAAUGCCGAGGAGGCAGCCGAUCAUUUCAAAUUGAUUCAGGCAGCUUAUGAUGUAUUGAGUGAUCCCCAGGAGAGAGCUUGGUAUGACAAUCACAGGGAGGCUCUGCUCAAAGGAGGAGUGAGUGGAGAGUACGAGGAUGACAGCAUCGACCUGCUACAGUACUUCACUGUUUCCUGUUACUCUGGCUAUGGGGAUGAUGAAAAGGGCUUUUACACGGUCUACAGGAACCUGUUUGAAUCCAUUGUCAGGGAAGAGAUGGAGCACAGCAAGGUGGAGGAUGAGGAAGAUCGUGAGUUUCCUUCAUUUGGAGACUCUGAGAGUGACUAUGAUACAGUAGUGCACUUGUUCUAUGGGUACUGGCAGAGCUUCUGUACUUGGAAGAACUUCGCCUGGAAGGAGGAGUAUGACACACGGCAGGCCUCCAACCGGUGGGAGAAGAGGGCCAUGGAGAAGGAGAACAAGAAGACCAGGGAUAAGGCCCGAAAGGAGCGAAAUGAGUUGGUGCGGCAGCUAGUGGCCUAUGUGCGUAAGCGUGACCGCCGAGUGCAGGCCCAUAAACGGCUGGUGGAAGAGCAGAAUGCUGAGAAGGUGAAGAAGGUUGAAGAACUAAGACGCAAACAGAAACUUAGCCAGUCCAAACUAGCAGAGGAGUAUAAGGAGCAGAGCUGGGCUGCCAUGUCUGAACUGGAGAAGGAGCUGCAGCAGAUGGAGGCUCUGUAUGGAGAGGAGUUUGGGGAUGCAUCUGACAGUGAGGAGGAGGAAUUGGACACUAAGGACAGCACGAACAAAAGUGGAGGAGAUGAAGUGCAGCCUGAUGGAGACGAGCUAAUGGAUUAUUAUGAUGACUUAUAUUGCCCUGCGUGUGACAAAUCCUUCAAAUCAUCCAAAGCCAUGAAGAACCAUGAAAAAUCUAAAAAGCACCGGGAGAUGGUGGCGUUACUAAGGCAACAGCUGCAAGAGGAUGAUGAUUCACUUGGCUUGAACUCUGAAGAAAAGGAGGAAAGAGAGGAGGAAGAUGAGCAGGAGGAGGAAGAUCAACCCAGGAAGAAGUUGUCCAAAAAGCAGAAGAAGAAAAAGAAACAGCAAAAGGUUGUGCAUCAGAGUGCUCCAGAGGAAGAGGAGGAGGCAGGGGAGCAGUCAACGCCAUCACACUGUGAUGAAGAUAGUUCUGAAAGGCCAACCACUCCUACACAGCCUGAAGAGCACACAGAUCUCCCACCUACAGAAGGCAAGAGCUCCGUGAAGACAAAAGGAAAAAAGGGAGGAGGAAAAGACAACAAGAAAAAUACUAAGCCUCAAACAGGAGGAGAGCAGUUUUCUGAGAGGGAAGUGAAUCUACGCUGUGUGACCUGCAACAAUGAGUUCUCCACAAGAAACAAGCUAUUUGACCAUCUGAAGACCAGCGGUCAUGCCACAGCGCUCUCCUCCAGUUCUGUCCACACCUCUAUGAGCAAGAGCAAGAAAGACAAGAAGUCAAGAUAAGGACACCACAGCAAAACUGAAGAAUUAACACUGGGUUAUGUGACGAUAUGCUACUGGGCUAUAUGCUGGACUGCACACUCCAAAACUAGGCUCUGCGCAAGGUUACAACAGCGGCGGUUGGGCUAACGUCUCAUAUAGCUCAACUCAUCUGUGAAAAUGAGUUUUACCCAAGGACAUAAAACCUUGAAUGGGACACAAUUCUUCACUGUAAAUAAAAUGUACAA